AUGAGAGUGGUACAGCCAAACGCUUGCUGUCCAAUCAAGAAUCCUCCAGCACCAAGAAAGGCUUCCAAGACAUAUCUCGCACUCAUACAGGGGUACAACUGCUCUUUUAUCGAGAAGGACCUUCACGCCCAGCAGGCUGGAUACCAACCCGCUGGUGUGUACAGUGUGGAUUCAGAGCAACUGGUUAACACGGCUGAUGACAAAGAAAUACAGCAGCUGAUUAAGAUACCAUCACUCUUUACUGGGCAAUCGGCCUCCCUCCACUUCUGGUACAAGAGGGCUCACGAGACAAAGCUGCAUAUAUACAAGCAGGGAGACAAACACAAGACCCGUGGAAUCUGCGUAGCGGAGUACAAGGAAGGGGACUGCCUGAAGAUCCUGUCCUGUUCCCACGCUUGCCACAGUCCCUCCAUUGACACCUGGUUCCACACCCAGCCCAGGAACAAGGAAGGAGCCACGUCCCUUCUGCCAGCAGCUG